AUGGCCGGACUUCACCAAGCUCCUAUGAUUAGCUGCCCUUUGAAGACUACACAGGAAAUCGACUGGGUCACCCCUCUGAAGAACUACAUCCGAGUAACCUAUGGCGACCCCGAAAAGUACAACGAAGAAUGUGCGACGCUCAACCGCCUACGUCAGGACAUGCGAGGUGCAGGAAAGGAUUCAGCUGCUGGACGAGAUCUUCUAUACCGCUACUACGGCCAGUUAGAACUGCUAGAUCUACGGUUUCCCGUCGAUGAGAAUCAUAUUAAAAUCUCAUUUACAUGGUACGACGCCUUCACACAUAAACAGAUCUCUCAGUACUCCCUCGCAUACGAAAAGGCUUCCAUAAUCUUUAACAUCUCUGCUGUCCUAUCUUGUCAUGCCGCCAACCAAAAUCGCUCGGAAGAUGCAGGGCUUAAAACUGCUUAUCACUCAUUCCAAGCAUCGGCCGGAAUGUUUACCUACAUCAACGAGAACUUCCUACACGCUCCGUCAUCCGAUUUAAGUAGAGAAACAGUCCGGACUCUUAUCAAUAUCAUGCUUGCUCAGGCGCAGGAAGUGUUCUUGGAAAAGCAGAUCGGCGACGGGAAGAAACCGGGCAUGCUAGCUAAGUUAGCGGCCCAGGCUGGAUUUUUGUACUCCCAGGCCGCCGAAGGUUGUUCAGAGAAUACCGCAAAGGAAAUAUUUUCGAAAUUUUGGUUAGGUUUGGUUCAGGCGAAAAUGAACUAUAUGGGAUCUAUCGCCCAGUACUAUCAAGCUCUACACGAAAACACUACCAACCAAUUUGGUAUUGGGCUUGCCAGGAUGGGCGUUGCAGAACGUCUGGGACGGGAUGCUGUCAAGAAUGCUGGCACGGUACCGUCGUCUGUUCCAGCAAAUUCCAAUCUAGUUACCGAAACUAGCGCCAUAGUCACGGAUAUGAUGAAGCGACACCUCAGUUUGGUUCAGGAGAAAAGGGCAGAAUUCCAAAAGGAUAAUGAUUAUAUCUACCACCAUACAAUACCCAGUGAGACAUCUUUAUCGGCUAUCUCCAAGCUCCCAGCUUCGAAAGCGAUACCGGUGCAGGAACUGUAUGCUGGACAAGAUAUCCAACGUAUAAUAGGUCCAGAUAUAUUUUCAAAGAUCGUGCCGAUGUCGGUGACAGAGUCAGCUUCUUUGUAUGACGAGGAAAAGGCCAAACUUAUCCGCGCUGAGACCGAGAAGUGCGAUAUCGCCAACUCCGAAUUAGCAGCUGCAUUAGACUACCUAAAACUCCCCGGCAGUUUGAAAAUGCUGAAGGGUGGAUUCGAGGAAAACUUUGAGGUCGAUCCUGAGUUCAGAGCUUGGGCAGAUGAAAUCGCGGCAGAGCCUCUUCUCGUCAAUGUAUUUGACGAGCUCAAAGACGACAAAUUGCGAGUAGAGGAAGUUUUGAUGCAGUGCGCCAAGGCAUUAGAUACUGAAGAAGCUAUUUGCGAAAAGAUGAGAUCGAAGUAUAUGGACGAUUGGAUCCAGCAACCAUCUCUGGUUCUAACACAAACCCUACGAGAAGAUAUCAAGAACCUCUCGAAUGCAAUCGAUGCCGCUAGCGAGAGUGAUGCAGCUCUGCUGAAUCAGUAUACUCAGUAUGCAGACGACAUUGAAGAUCUGAGAGUUGCCAGCGAAAAGGAAGAAGUGGACGUCCUUUUCCAGAAGGCAUUGGUAAAAAAUGGAUAUCGGCUCGAUAAAAGGAGUACUCCGGCACAAGAAGGGAGUUUGCUGGAUGUCGACGAUUCGGGCGAGAUCAGCGUUAUGGCACAGAUCGAGAGAGUUGAAGAGCUACUCAAGAAAUUAAACCUCAUCAAAAGAGAACGCAUGCAGGUCUUGAAAGAUCUCAAGGAAAAGGUCCAUAAUGAUGAUAUCAACCAUGUUCUCAUUCUCAACAAAAAGGCAAUGGGUAACAUUGAGGGACAAUUAUUCUCUUCAGAGCUCGAGAAAUUCAGGCCACACCAGAAUCGUUUGCUGCAAGCCACCCACAAGCAGCAAUCCCUGAUGAAGGACCUCACCGCAGCAUAUGGUGAACUGCUACAAGAUAAGCGGGUUCGCGCUGAGCAAUCGAGAUACGAAAAGCUGGCAAAGAACAAAGCUGCCGUGGUUUCAGCUUUCAAGAAAGUAUAUAGGGCAUUUUUGGACAUCCAGUCCGGUCUGGACAAAGCUAAGAGUUUCUACGGUGAGAUGAAGGAUACGGUCGACAGUCUUGACAAGAAUGUCGAUGUAUUCGUAAACAACCGAAGACAAGAAGGUGCAAAUCUGCUCGCAAAGAUUGAGAAGGAGAAGGGUGCUAGCGCAAACGCCGAGAGGGAACAACAGAGAAUCCGUGAGUUGAUGGAAAAAAUGUCUGUCGGAGAUCAAGGAAAGCAUUCGCCUGCGCCGAUAUCCGUCGGACAGCACCCGGUUGCAUCGCCCCCUCAGACUCCGCGGUAUGGAGGGUUUCCACAGAUCACACCCCAACCUCAGCCGCAGACUGUGUACGGCCAGCAGUUCUCUCCCGUUGGCCAACCGCAACAGUAUCCUAUGAUGCAACAGCAACCGCAACAACAGUAUGCAAACGGGCAAUACGUCAGAAGGGGUUCAAGUGCGCAAAAUUACCCACCGUACAAUCAAUAUCAGCCUCAACAGCAACCAUAUAACCCUGGUGCAUACGUCCCACCACCACCACCCGGACCACCACCGAUGAACCGGCAGCAAAGUUUCCCACAACAGUACCCCCAACAAGGGUAUUCACAGCAGCCGCCGCCACCGCAACAGCAACCUCCUCCGGGUCAAAGGCAACCAGGGCAACAAGAUCCAUGGUCAGGCCUUCAGUCUUGGAGAUAG